CAACCCAGUUAAAUAUGAACGGUCGUGUCAGACGGAUGUAACUGGGCGAGCUUUUUCGCGUAAACUAAUUGAUUUCUUCUAAUUAAAUUACUGUGAAUCGUUGUGUUAGUAAUGCAAGUGUGAUGUGAGCCAUGAUAAAUUAUAUUGUGCAAAGAUUGACUAUAGUGACUUCAAAAUAGGGGGUGUAACAGCGGAACAAAAAUGGCUUCGGGCGACACGGAUCACAUAGAAGUGAUGGAAUCCGGGAUAAAAAAGUCGGAAAUUGUAGCCCAGCCUUCGGGGUCGGAAGAUGAUGAUCGAGACAGGGUGUCGUUGGCUGAAAAAAUGGUGCCCUACGACCCGGCGGUGGGCCCCCUGGGUGCUAUCAGCAAGGUGCACAAAUCGGACCGGAAAAUCGGGCACCGGCGCGUCGGAGAGGGCGGAGAGAUCACCUACAAGAAGAUCCAAUCCUCACAGAUCAUGGGCUCCAUACAACUUGGAAUACAACACGCAAUCGGCGGUCUCGCAUCGAAACCGGAACGCGACCUGCUCAUGCAAGACUUCAUGACAGUGGAGACCACCAACUUCCCCCACGAGGGCUCCAAUCACACGCCGGCGCACCACUACUCGGAGUUCAAGUUUAAGACCUACGCGCCCAUAGCGUUUAGAUACUUCAGAGACCUCUUCGGGAUACAACCUGAUGAUUUCCUGAUGUCAAUGUGCAGCGCCCCCCUACGCGAGCUCAGCAAUCCGGGCGCGUCCGGCUCCAUCUUCUAUCUGACGAACGACGACGAAUUCAUCAUCAAGACAGUACAGCACAAAGAGGGCGAGUUCUUACAGAAGCUGCUGCCGGGAUACUACUUGAACCUCGAUCAGAACCCCCGCACGUUACUACCAAAGUUCUUCGGUCUGUACUGCUACCAGUGCAACAGUAAAAACGUGCGGCUCGUCGCCAUGAACAACAUACUGCCCUCCUCCGUCAAACUGCACCAGAAGUACGAUCUUAAAGGCUCCACGUACAAGAGGAAGGCCAGUAAAUCGGAACGACAAAAAGGCUCCCGCGCUACAUACAAGGAUCUGGACUUCAUAGAACACCACACCGAAGGCAUUUUUCUCGAGGCAGAAACUUACAAUGCGCUUAUAAAGACUAUGCAGAGAGAUUGCAGAGUGCUGGAGAGCUUUAAGAUCAUGGACUAUUCCCUCCUAGUCGGCAUCCAUAAUCUGGAUGAGGCGCAACGUGAGAAAACCGAAGCCAGAACCCGGACGGAAUCUGGACAGAGCGACGGUGAAGAGGACGGCAAUAAGAAGACCGGACUGAACCGGACGAGAUGCGACACCGAGGACUUCAAAGCCCAAGUGAAAAGGACACAAUCGAUAAACAGACAGCGGCUCGUGGCGCACUCUACUGCGAUGGAGAGCAUUCAGGCGGAGAGCGAACCUAUUGAUGAAGAGGAUGAUGUGCCACCGGGCGGCAUUCCGGCGCGGAACGCGCGCGGCGAGCGGCUACUACUCUUCCUAGGCAUCAUAGACAUUCUACAGUCGUACCGGCUUCGGAAGAAACUGGAGCACACGUGGAAGAGCAUGAUACACGACGGGGACACAGUAUCAGUCCACAGACCCAACUUCUACGCGCAGAGGUUCCUUGACUUCAUGGCUAAGACGGUCUUCAAGAAAAUACCUUCGUUGGACCUGCCCGAGAUCAAAGGGAACCACCGCAAGUUCAGGACUCUGGUCACGAGCUACAUAGCGCUGAAACACUCGCCGUCGAAGAGGAAAAGCAUCAGCAAGCCAAUCAGGCCGCAGGAGGAGAUCGACACGCCAGGACGGAAAUACAACAAACCAAUCAAAGACUACAAUCCAGAGUUGAUGAAGAACCGCCUAUCGCCUAGGUCUUCCCUGAGAUCUAGCCUCAGCGACUUCACGGACACCACAAUAUCUACCUGGAAUCAGAGACACCCUCAAACACCCACUGAGUAUCCUUCAGUAUUAUCUGACAGACUUAAAAACUUGGACAGAGAUCGCUUCUUCCAGCGUAGAAUAGAUUUUGACACGUCAAACUUAAAUCCAAGGGAUCCUGGUCCGUCAUACUUAGACAACGUUUAUAGAGCUACAGUCCAAGAUAGAAUGGACAGUUUAUCCGCACAAUUAACUAAAGUACUCAGCACAGGUGCGGGCAGUUCUCAUAUAAACGGAAGCCUAGCCGACAGCGGAAUACAGACAGAUAAUACUAGCACUAGCGUACCUCAAAUAUAUAUAGAAACGCAAGUACCGGGUAGUCCUGUUAAAAUUCUCAAAGACGCAGCGGUGGAUACUAGAAACGAAAAUAAUCUACAAGACAUACCAUUCAUUGAUGACGACGAAGAUUUAAGUAAAAGACGGUUCGUUCUAGAGAAACAUAAAUCCAUGUCCAACAUACCGGAAAAUUUAGAAGAUGAAACGGUAGUCGAGAGACUAUCGAAUAGCUACAAUCGAUCCAAAUCACCAUCUUUCAUAGAGAAAUUCAAGAAAUUCUUCACCGACAUAGGUCUAGUUAAAGCUGAUAGCGCUGAUAUAACUACAGAAACUAGUAACCCUAACACAUUACCUAAGAGUCUAAAUUCUAGCUAUAGAACCAGGAGCGUAACACCUACCAGGAGUUUAGAAACGCGAGAAGCAUCAACGUUACCAAAAGACAUGAGAUUCAGGAAAGUACGGUCGACGCAGACUGUUUACAUAAGACAAGAAUCUCCCGUAUCUAUCAAGAAAGACGCAGAACAACAAACUCACGUGUCGGUUGUCAAACUGAACGGAAACGAGUCUGAGGAAACUGAGAAGAUGAUUAGAGACGUAGUUUAUAUUAAGAGUAUCGAAAAAGCCGAGAUAUAUAGCACUAAUGAUAGCGGCAGCACUAUUAUAGUAGUACCACCAGCUGAUUGAGACUUAUAUCUCACUGUGUCGGUAUAAUUAUGUAUGUUUUCUGCUGUCAUGUGCUUUUUAACACUUGACAGACAAAUUGACGAAUAUAAGGUGUCUUACACAGUUUACAGAGCUUACUGUCAAGAUUCGAAUUUAAACUGUUGUGAGACAUACUAACAUUGAAUAAUUUUACGGUACGCGAUACACGGCCGUCGUGAACGCUGCUCGCACUGUUAGUGCUUGAGAAAGGAGACCUAGGCUCUCCAAAACAUGUCGUGCGAGUGACUAAAAACAAGUGAGUCUAAACCGUAAAAUUAUUCAAUGUCAAGAUUCGGUUUGAGGUUUUCUAGAAAGAAGUAAGGAUUGGUGAAUGUGAUUUGUAUGAGGAAAAAGAAUUUUUUGGCAAUGUUAUGUAGGGUUUUGAUUAAUGCUGUUACUCUGUACGGUUAAUGUUUUCAGUGAAAUUAAAUCAAGCAUAUUUUCAAGACUUAAAAUUGUAAGGAAAAGUGAAAUCGCUGAAAUCAGUAAAAAUUAAACCGUUAAAGCUUUAUUUAUAUAAACUAUAUGUCUUCAAAGCGCAAACAUAAAGCAUAUAUUAGCUUUGCAUUAAUAAUGUAUUCAUGGAGCACAAUCUAUAAAUCCUAAUUUUCUAUAAAAUAUUAUAGAGUUGCCGUUGCUGGAUAAAAAAUCAAUUCGUAUUCGCUCAAAUCUAAAUCGAAACGCUAGCAAUCAAGUGAAUUAAGUAAAUACAAUUUUAUGCACUUGUAACAGAGUUCAAAAUUUAAUGAAAAGCGAAUAAAGAAAAAACCCUGGUCACGGCACCAAUUAUUGUAAAGUUUAUUUUAUACACUCGAUUAAUUUACCUUAUUAUCUCCAUAAUACUGUAUUAAUCGUAUCAGUUCUAUGUAUUUACUUAAUGUUCUUCGUUUUUAGACAAUGGUUUUAAUAAACAUGGUAAAUAACGACGAUAUUAACAUCAUAUCGAAAGGAGAAUUUAGCUAAACUUUUUUCUGAAUAAAAUAUAUGUUUCUUUAUUCAAACAUAUUCCUCAUAAAAUGACAAAAUUUCUGUAACACCAAAUUAGACUGAAAAUUCAUAAAAAUGGGUUCUUUUCAGAAGUUCUAAGUAGGUUUAGACAGUUGCUUCUAUACUAUACUGCCCCGGUCCAAGUGCUGAUAUCCUAAUUUAAUAUUGUCAUGUAUUUGACAAUAUUUAAUUGGUAUAUUUAAUGUUUUAACUAAAUUGAUAUUGAUGAUGAAUUACGACGAUAUAUUAUUGUUUUGUUUCGCUAUUGUUACUAAUAAAACGAUUCGAAUCGGAAUAAUCUCGCGAACACAUGAGAAUAAGUAAAAUUGAACUAUUACGAGAUAAAUCCCUUUCAAAAAUGUAUUAUUAUGGUCAUAAAUUGAAUAGAAUAUGGCUCAAUAUGCAUUGAAGACAUUCCUUAUUUUUUCGAAUGAAAAGUAUUGAUAAUGUCACAAACUAAACUUUACGAAAGUGUCUUUCGAAGUAAGUAUUAAAGAAAUGAAAUUGUUUUAUAAUCUAGAAAUUGAUAGCUUUUGUAACAAUAUGUUAAAGUUUACAAAAAUCUAUUUUUAAUGGCGCUACUCUAUGGUUAAGUCCAAAUGGAAUGUGAAUCGUCAAAUUAUUCAUUUUUUUAUUGCUGUAUUUAAGAUAUUAUGUGAAUAAUUUUGACAGUCGACAUAAUUACGUUUGCGUAGAUUAGUAGAAAGAAAUUGUAUGUAUAUAAAGUUGUAAUAAAAGAUGAUUUAGAUGAAA